GCUUCAUUUACCGAGAAGAAGGCGUGUGGGAAGGUUUGGCGUUGGCGGUGUUCAUAAAUUUCGCCAUCUUCCCGCUGUUUUCGGCCUUUAUUUCGUUUCCAGAAUACUGAAAGCCGUAAGGGAGAUUCAUUUAUGCUUCUAGCGUGCGACUUUCGAAAUUGAGCGGAUAAAGUAGCGUUUUACGAUGGAGUUCGAGGAGAGAAAUCCCUUCGAAGCAGAUAAUUUUUCGCCUGAAACAGAAGUUAAAGAAAUAGGACUUUUCCAUCCUUCACAGGCAAAUGAUAAUUUUUCGCCUGAAACAGAAGUUAAAGAAAUAGGACUUUUCCAUCCUUCACAGGCAAAUGCAGAUUUCGUUGUGCCAAUGGAGCCAGAAGCAGAGUUCCAAAUGGUGACUUUUCUGGAGCCCCAGAUAGCCGAUUGUCCUCCACUUGAAUUCCCCAAUCUGAAUCUGGAUAACUCCGAGAGUUCACGAUGGGACUCUGAUAUCUCUGACAGCUGUCCACCAUCACCUUCCCCAUUAUCCUCGCCUUCACCACGUUCCUCUGCAUCGUCCUCUGAGUCAGGUAUUGAGGAUGGGAGUGAUAUGGAAGAAGCAAUCCCUACCGUCAGCCAAACAGCAAAUGAGCCUCUUGUUGUAAAAAUGGAAAAUCCAUCUUCUCCCCUCAAUGCUCUGAAUCAACCUCCACUCAACGUGACUAAGAAGAGACGGAAGGGCCACAGAAGAACUCAAAAUGACAGCAGUGUCUUGGAGGAACUCAACAAGCUUCUUGUGGAAACAAUGGAAACAAGGGUGUCUUUGGCAUCGGCUCUUAUGGACCAUUCUCGAUCUCACAUUUUCCAAAGUCCAGCCCAAAUUACUGGCCUUGAUGAUGAAGUGAUGGCUGGUGUUCAAACCACAGCAUCACCAACAUCAAUUUCUCACAGCUGCCCCCAAUCUGUCCAAGUGAGCCAAACCACCACAUUGAUACCUGCCUCUCAUGUGUCAGUCUCUAGCCAAUCAACAUCAACAGUUACCAUUCCCAAGCUAAGCACACCACCUCCAGUUGCUUCUCCAUCCAGAAUAAAGAACAAGAACACAAGAAAUCCUAGAAAGACCGAUGAACCUAAGAUUGUGAUUAUCGAGGAGCCUGAAGAGAAUUACCGAGCAAGAUAUGAGAGUGAAGGCUGCAGAGGUCCUAUUCAUGGUUCUCAAGACAAUACUUUCCCAGCUGUGAAGGUGACAGGAUAUGAUGAAGCUGUGUGGAUUACAGUGCAUUUGACCACCAGCAGCGGUGUGCCACAUUACCAUUCUAUUCAUGGGCCUGGCUCUACUAAGGUCCCUUGCAAGGAAACGACAUUGCCUGGGGGAGUCCCAGCCGUUCAAGUCAUGGUUGCCCCAGAUACAAACAUGACUGCUGUGUUGGAUUCACUCAGUAUCCGUAGACUGCGGAACUGGGAAGGUGAUAGAGAGUUGAGAAAGAGGGGAAUAGAUCCAAGAGCUUGGAAGAAGGAACGCAAAGAAGCACGCCUGUUAUUUCAGGCAGAGAUACCAGAAAAAGAUGGUGGUCCUGCAUUAAAGCUGUCUUGUAAAUCCAAAGUGUUCCAGUGCAGUUCCUCUGGUCCCCCUGGUAAUCCUGAAAUAUGGUGGGCCAGUAUCAGCGAGGGUUCCGCUGAGGGUGGUGAUGAACUGGGUCUCAUUGGAAAAAAGUUUCAGUCUGGUUUCAAAGUACGAUUCUUCUCUGUGAACCCCACUGAAACUUGGGAGAGUUUUGCAGAUGUCGACAAGAGUAAGUCACAUCAGGGUGCUGCAGUGGUCCUCACUCCAGCAUAUUGCAACCCUGAAAUAACCUCUCCUGUUACUGUUAACGUGGUGGUAACUUUUGGAAAUGGUAAAGAUGCAAAAUCAAGUGAACCUAUUGAGUUCACAUAUAAACCCAAACCAACCCCUGUACAACUACAAGUUCAGGAAGUUGAAAUGCAUCCUACUCUUCCUAUUUCUGCCACCGAAAACUUUUUGCCAGUGGAAUUUAACUCAAUUGGUGACAUUGUCUUGAACAACUUGCCACAAGAAAUUGUGGAGCCAGUGCCAGUCAUGUUGCCUGCAGUGAGCGAAGAACAAGACUGGCAAGCUAUGUGCGUCCAGCUUGGAGAGCUGCAUCAAAAUGGAGACCUUUCUACAGAACACGUCAAGGAAUUGUGUGAAUACAUCAGGAGGAGAGACACUCUACUGCUUCAAGCAUUUCGUUCAUCGAGAACUGCUAAUACCAAGGAACAAGUGCAAGCGAAUUUCAAACAGUAUCUGUCAGGAAUGCUUAAAUUCUAAUUUGUAGGUCAUAUUGGGCCUUGUAUAUUAAAUUAUAUUAAUUAUUGUUAUAGCAAUUUAUAUAGACAAUUUUAUUAUAUAACUGAAGUAAGUUUAUUUCUUUAUACUGAAAACUAAGUACAAAAAGAAAAGAGAAAAAAAAAAAGACUACAUGUGAGCCAAUCAGUCCUUAUAAUGUUCAAUGCACAACUGAUAAUAAAUACAAACUAGUGUCACUUCCUCAUUUUGCACGGCUUUAUUCAUUACCAGCAGUGUAUUAUCAAUAUGGACUUGAUUGGACAUUCCACAGGCUAACUGUCGUGUAUCUGUUUCAAGAUGUAGCAAACUAGACUAGUUGAUUAGCAGCCAUUGGUUGUUUACAUUAUUGGCUGAGUACAGUUCACUAAUAGUGACCUAUUCCACCGAUUUUUGCACUCAUCCCUUUUCCCACGAGUGAGAAUGACUCAUUUGUUAGGAUAAAUUUCUCAUCCGUUGCAAAGACCACAUUACAACACCAACAAAAAUCAGGGGCUGUUUUGUUGUAUUGGUGGAUAUCGGUCACUAUGAUUACGUAGCUUAGCACUUUUUUAAUCAGUUUGAUAUACAUUGCAUUACAUUUGAUAUAUAGAUAAAUAGCCAUGCUCUGGCCUGAAUUCACUCUCUUGUCCUCCCAUCAAGAUUUGUAGAAGCCCCACCCUGGGUAAUUAGCUAAAAAUAGCGCUUCCUUUAUGCAUGAAAGGAAACAAAGAUUGUAGUUUGGCUCUUAUUUUAGUGAAAUGGUCCUUGUCACUUUGCUGAUAUAUCUUAUUUGCAAAGUGAUCUCCAACCUUAUGCAUGGCUAUUCAUAAAGUUGCUAAUAUUCAUUUUCAGGUACUUUUAGCUGGGCUAUAUCCCAGACCUUUGUUAUCUACUGUUGUGUGUUUACUACAGGUUUAGACAGACUAGACAAAGGUGGAUAAAUUAAAAUUGUUGAGAAAAGUUGCGAGAAAACCCAACCAACGGAAUCGACUAAAGUUCUUGUUUUGUUUGCUUCACUGUGUUAUGUGGUUUGAGAUAAACACCACAAAGGGUUAUCUUUACUACAGUUGCUUAUCACCAAAUCCAAAUUUAGCCUGUUUCACACAGCAUGGUAACCUCAAGGUCUCGUGUUGCAUGAACCUCCCAUAGUUCCUGCUGAACUGGAUAACCUCUAAGAGCAAAUUUUACCUUUCCAACCACCUAAGACACGUGCCUCUGUCCAAGGUGAGCAUCCAGAGGAGUUCUGAAUGUGUCGCUCUUGCUAAUCAAGCUAAAAUUGAUCUAAGGCGACCUCCCUCUACUUCAUACAUAAACAGUGUUUAAAGUGCAGUUUUAUUUCGAGGUGAGCUAGUGUAAAAAGAUCGAUGUUAAAUUGUACAUGUAGAUAUGGACUUUUUUCCAUUGCAAGUUGCUAGUAAACAUCCCGGGUCUCGAUAUAUUUGGCGUGAUGGGUUUCUUGUUACCAUAAUGCCUCAAGACCCAAGGCUAAAUAAAACAGGUUUUCUCCUCAA